UCUGCCAACAAAAAAUAACAUAAAAAAUCAAAAAUAAUCAGAAGUCGAGAGUCAUAAAAGCUGUGAAUCCGGACAGCGAAAUCGGAAAAAGACACCGGUUACGGAAAAAAUGAUGAGUGGCAAGGCGGGCGGUGGUGUGGUCCUCAACUGCCGGACAUGCACGCGUGCCUGCAAACAGCACAAGCCGCUGCAGGAGGAGAUCGAGCUUGGCCCGGAGGGUAGCACUACGCUGGCCAACAUGCUCAAUUACUGCGCCGGGCUCUCCUUCGAGCCACAGGACGGCGCCGCCAUGCCUCAGCACAUCUGCCUCAACUGCCUGCAGCUUCUGGAGCAGGCGUUCAACUUCAAGCGCAUGGUCAUCGACUCGGACGAGCUGCUUCGCUUGGGACUGGAUGAGGCGCACGUCACUAGCCACCAACAAAAUCAACAGGAACACCAUCGGAGCCAACAGCAACAGAAUCAGCAACAGCACCACCAGCAUCAGCAAUACGGAGAUGCGAGCGAGGAAUAUGUCAUGAUUGAGAUGCUCAACGAGGAACAGGAUCACGGCACUUUGGAAGAGCAAGAAGCAGAGGCGGAACGACAUCAUAACUCGCACCACGACGAGGAGGAGUUUGUUAUCGAGGAAGUGGCCGAGCAGGAGGACGAGCUGACGGAAGAGGUAGUGCCGCAGAUGGGUGACCAGCAGGAGCACAUCACCGUGGAGAGUGUACACGAGUUUCAGCCCGCCGAAGUUGAGUAUGUGACUAUUAAAAAUGAGUUCGAAGCGAUCGUCAACGAAGAUGAUGAGAUCGAGGUAAUGGACGAGUCCGGGGCACACGACGAAAUACUAGAUGGACAUAUGAUUGUGAUACCAGCAGAAGGAGCCAUUGACGAGGUGAUUGCUGAAGAGGCCCUCGAAAUGGACGAAGACGAAAACGAAGAGCAUUUGCUGCCUGAAGAGGAGGAAGUCUGUGAGGAGGAAGACUUCCUGGAGGAGUCCCUAGAUUCCACGCCACUUACUGGCGGCGAAGCUCUGCCACACGUGUGCUCCGUGUGCCAAAAGGCGUUCCGGCAGCAGUGUCGUCUCAAUCAGCACAUGCGCACUCACAUAGACGAAAAACACUACGAGUGCGAGGAGUGCGGCAAGCGGCUAAAGCACCUGCGCAACUACAAGGAGCAUAUGCUGACACAUACAAAUGUCAAGCCCCAUCAAUGCAAUAUCUGUGGCCGUUUCUACCGCACCACCUCUAGUCUGGCAGCGCACAAGAGGACACAUGCGGAGAAGAAGCCCUACAAUUGCGACGAGUGCGGACGUGGAUAUGCGGCGUACGAUCAUCUAAGGCGCCACAAGCUCACUCACACGGGACAGAGACCCUUCGCUUGCGAUCUGUGCGACAAGGCGUACUUCGAUUCAUCCUCCCUACGGCAGCACAAGAUUAGCCACACCGGCGAGAAGGCAUUUACCUGUGAGAUUUGCGGCGUGGGACUCUCCCAGAAAUCAGGUUAUAAGAAGCACUUGCUUGUCCAUACCGGAGCCAAGCCACAUAAGUGCCCCAUAUGCGGACGUGCGUUUACCUUCACCAGUAACCUCAAUGCCCACGUCCGUCUCCAUUCCGGUGAAAAGCCAUUUAAGUGUGAAAUCUGCAUGAAGGCCUUUCCCACAAAGAAGCGACUGAAUAGCCAUUUACGGGUCCACAACAAGGAGACGCCGGUAAUGGCCACCGCAGGUGGUCAAGCUAUCGAACAUCGUCGACGUCCGGUGGCCGGAGGAGCGGGAAGUGGAUCAUCUGCCAAUCUUCACCUGACCGAAGUACCUGAGCAGCCGGUGUCCACCUCCAAAGUGGUCGUAGUGCUUUAAUGCGGGCAGCGAACUGAGGGUGCGGCUCUAGGAAGUAAGGCUAGCCUAAGGUUUUUACAUUUACAAUUACGUGGAGCUGUUAGGAAUUGUACACAAUAAACACUCAUAACACUGUA